UCGAUCGCACGGCACGGUGAACGCGGCAAAGUUUCAGUGCAAGUUUGGCAGUAGAGGUGAAAUUGGCAUCUCUGCCAAUCUAAUGGAACAUCGUUCCUUCGAGCAAGUUUCAGCCGCGGUAGUCCUACACAAGUCAAACAUUCGCCACAAACGUGAUAACUGUCGUAAACAACAAAUCCUACUAUUGCUAUUAUGUUGUUUAAACGGAUCAUCGAAGGAAAGUCGAUGUUGAACGCUGAUGUUAAGAAGGAUAAGACUCCAGAGAAAUGUUCUCGAAGGAAAUCGGAAUGCGACGGAUGUGGAGAGCAUUCCACUAUUCUAGAGGAAAUGAUGAAGAUGGUGCUACUAGGUGUUGUGUUGUGGGCAGGAGUGACUUUUGGGAGUCAUGUCGCACCCUACCCGUUGAACCUGAUCGUAACCACAGAAUUCAUUCAUCCACCUCCGAUGUAUGAUUUUCCGUUUCCAAGCGCCGACAAUUUGAAGAGAUUGCCGCCUGUCACAGCAGUGCAUACCAACAAGUCGAUAAACUUCAGUAAAAUGUCGAUAGCGAUGCUCGAGCGCUUGGAGGACAACUUAGAGGCGUCAGGAAUCAAGCCUCAGCCAGGAUCUGCUGCUCAAGGAUUGGCCAUCGCUGGUUUCCCGUGUAGUGACGCAAUGAGAUAUGAAAAGUCAUCAAUGACCAUUUCAAAAGCAUCUCAAAAUUUAGUGUGGACUCGUUGUACAAGAUACGGUUUGGCGCACGAUGAGUGCGCGAGCUUCAUAAGCACCCUGAAUUUACGGGAAAGUGAAUUUGGAGGAGAAUGCGCGCAGUUAGAGAGGUUCACCUGUCGCACGAAUAAGAUGUCGUCCCGUUAUCGCACCUUUGAUGGUUCCUGUAACAACCCAGUGAGAUCGUCCUGGGGCCAGGCGCUUACGGGAUACAAGCGCCUCCUCCAUCCUAGAUAUGCUGAUGGUAUUGAAGAGCCACGUCGUGCCUUAAGCCACAAGGAGCUGCCUUCAGCUCGUCUCGUGAGCAACAAAUUAGCCAGUAACUUGGAUGUACCGAAUGAAAAGAAGACCAUCGCUUUGGCGGUGUGGAGUCAAUUUGUUUAUCAUGACAUGGUUCAUACGCCUGUGAGGAAAACAAUUCACACCGACCAAACAAUCCGUUGCUGUGACACCACGGGGCUGGGUCUGACCCCACGGUACUUACAUCCCAGUUGCAUGCCAAUCUCCGUACCAGAUGAGGAUCCGUUCUUCAAAAACAAAUAUGUCACUUGUAUGGAGUACACGAGAUCGGUCACUACGUACAGAGGGGACUGCACUUUCGGAGCUGCUGAACAGAUGAACCAAGCCACCCAUUUCCUUGAUGGUUCCCACAUUUACGGCACAAACAGUCGUGACGCAGCCGCUCUAAGGGAGAAGACUGGAGGCUUGUUGAAAACUUCCAAUGUUGAUGAUGAAGAACUGUUGCCUUUGGUCUCCAACCCACUUGAAAAGUGCCUUGUCAAUAGCAAUGACGCUGCUUGUUUUAAUGCUGGUGAUGUCCGUGCAAAUAUGCACCCCUGGUUGACUGCUAUCCACGCUUUAUUCGUCCGAGAGCACAACAGAAUCGCUAGGAGUCUAGCCGUUCUGAACCCAGGCUGGAAUUCGGACAAACUGUACCAUGAGGCUAGAAGAAUUGUGGUUGCUGAAAUGCAGCAUAUUACGUAUAAAUACUGGCUACCUGCUCUCACUGGCAAGUCAUUCGACGAGCUAUACGACAGCUACGACGUCGGCUACAACUCCGACAUCGACCCGACAAUCACCAACUCCUUUGCAACAGCGGCCUUCCAUUUCGUCAACAGUCUCUUCGAUCAGGACAUUGAACUCGUGGACGAUGAUAAUGUGACGUCAUCACGGCUAGCUCUACACUAUUUCAAGCCAGAGCUGGUGGCGAAAAAGGGUGGGAUCGAAAAGUUACUACGCGGAAUGACCAGUCAGAUGUCGCAGGGAUUGGACUUCAACUAUGAUGAUGAUUUACGUAACGAAUGGCUGGGCGGUCUCGACGUGUUAGCUGUGGACGUGCAGCGCGGCAGAGACCACGGGAUCCCCGGGUACGCGCAGUUCCGAUCGCUUUGCGGCUUGCCGGUGGCUACUGCGUUCUCACACCUGAAUGAUGUUAUUCCGCAAGAGACCAUAGACAAGUUGUCAGCAGUAUACGAGCAAGUUGGUGACAUCGAUCUAGUUGUAGGAAUGAUGGCGGAGACACCUCUCGCCGGCUCCUUGAUAGGACCCACCGCCACUUACUUGAUACGCGAGCAGCUCUGGCGCACGCGUUCCGGCGACCGGUACUUCUACUCGCACACGCACGAGGCGGGCAGCUUCAGCAAGCGGCAGCUGGCCGAGCUGCGGCGCGGCUCGCUCGCGCGCCUGCUGUGCGACAACCUGCGCCUCGCUGCGGUCAGACGCGACGUGUUCCAUGUGGGAAGCCCAAUCGUCUCUUGCGACGAAAUUAAGAAAGUGAAUCUCGAAGCAUGGCAAGACCCCGCACAGCAGCCGGACAUUUUGACACGUACUAAUAAAUGGAUCAAAAACAAAGUUGCCAGCUCCAAUUCUACCAAGUAGACUGAAUAGAUUUAAAAUAUUAUUAUACUUACGUCAAUAAAAGUAAAAAUGACAGAAAAUCUAAAAUGUGUUCCGUAAAUGCACUCAUACUUUCGCCUCGAUUUUGUCAACUAAAACCAACGACGAUUAGAACCAAGAUUAGAACCAAUAAUUCUUAUGUCAUAUUUUGACAGCGACGCGACGUCCCGUUGUGUUAAACUAUUCUUAGUUCAUAUUAUAGUAACAGGAGUAAAGUUUUGUUAUAUUCAGUAGAAAUACCGAAUUUAUUUUAUAACUUAUAAAACAGAUCGAUAAAUUGGUUAAAUAUUGAAAUAGUGUUGCAAAUGUAAAUUAUUUAAUUAAAAAUUUAAUCAAGCACAGAUACCUAACUACAUAUUCUAUAAAAACCACCACAGAUAAAAAUAUAUACCUACGCAUUUAGAUAUUAUAAGAUUUUGGUUGUGUGAAUGAGUUUUAAAAUGACAAUAUGAGUAGCUUGAUUCUUAAAAGUUAUUAUAGUACUUUAAAAGCAUUUACACUCGUACCGGAAUAAGUUGCAGUAUUUUAGUUAGGUUAUAAUUAACCACGUUGAUCGAACUUGGAUCGAAAUUAUCCAAGUUUCUGUCCCUUGUGGACGCCAUGGAAAGUGGCUGUGAUAACGUGUGUAACAUAGCAGUGUAGUUAAGACUAAGUUUUUCUAGAUUCAUAUGUUAAAAGAUCUAGAAAACUCAAUGUAUGCGUCUUCUACUACCUAGUUAGUGCUUUUUUACAGGGAACAAGAUGUUCUCUCAGGGUUUAGAAAAUAGACGAAAUUGUUACAUGGCAAUACUUAGAUUGUGAGAAAUACAUAAUUAUUGUAAACCAAUUAUCGCCCUAUUUCUACUUCCUGGGAUGUUUAUUGUCGACAGUGGAGCAUAGACAAUUUUUUUUAAUCGCAGAUUCCUAUUUUAAAACUUCAUUUAUUAAUAAUAAUGUCUUUGCACAAAAAAAUGUUACAUGUUGAGAUUUAUUUUUAGCACAAAAUUUCGUAUCUUUUGAGACGCUAUAAAUUUAUACUGAAAAAAUGCUAUGAUAUUUUGGCUGUGUUUGUGCGUUGUACGUUUAAUCCGUUCUUUACGUAUUAUUAUAAUCUAUUAUCUUAUUACCUUUUAUUUACGUGUUACUUUUAUUUCUAAAAUAGAAUUUGCUCGAAUUACAAAUAAAGACGUAAAAGUUUUUAUAAAAAACAAUAAAAAAUUUGUACACAUGAAUUAAAUUACAUUUCAAGUGUAUGUCGAUUACCAAAGACUGUUUUAAAAUUAAUUAAUAUUAUUUUGUAAGGAAAUUUAAUUAUAAAAAGUUGAAGAUAAACCAGUUUGAUUUGAUUGAAUAUUAAUUUCCAAUUUUUACAUGUAUUAAUUAAUAAUAUGUGGAGAAUAGAGCGAUAAUUCCUCUUUCUUUUCUGUCUUUCCCUUUUAUUUUGAAUCUGUACUCUUAAUCUUAAGAUAUUAUGUUAUAUUGAUUGAAGAUUGAAAAAAAAUGUACUCCCAAAUGUAGGCAAUAGAAUUAUAAUUUAUAAUUUGAAUGUUGUUUAAAAAUGGAAGACGUUUUUUAUGUAAUCUCGUCCGUCUGAAAUCAGGGUUUGUAAUUUAAUUUAUUUCUUUUUGUAUUUGACAAUAAAUCUUAUUUAUCAACAGCCA